AAUCCAUAUUUACGACGAUAAUAUUAACUACUUUAUGUACAUAAAUUACAAGAAUUAGUUAUAAAUAAUUUAGAACUUCUUCUUAGUGAAUAUACUAAUUAAAUUGAAUUGAAAAUUUAUUGAUUAAUUGAUAAUAUCCCCUUAAAUUCCUUAGACUAAUACGAAGUAUAUCUAUAAUGGCUAUCUUCUCAUCAUUAGCAUCAUUUUUUAAUCGUCACAAGAGGAAAAUCCUUAUUACAUCUGCUGCUACGAUCUCAGUAUAUUACUUAAUUAAUCAAUUUAUAAUUAAGAAAUUUAGAGAUUAUCAGAAUUCUUUAAGACAAGAAUAUAUCUUUAAGCAACAGAUUAAACAGAGAUUUAUUCAAACUCAACAGGAUUGUUAUUAUACUAUACUUGCAUUAUUACCUGUAUUGACAUCACCAAUAAUCGAGCAUUUACCGGUCGAAUUAAUUACGCAAGCAUUGAGAUUAAAGAAAAACACGUCAUCAUCACAGCAACCUCAAACGAUAGCACAUGAUACUAAUGGAAAUACAACUAUUAAUAGUGAAUUAACUACAGAUAAUUUAAAUAUUUUGGAUAAUAGUAAUAAUAGUGGUAGUAAUAAUAGUAACAAUAAUAAUGAGAAAUCUAAAUUGAAUGUUUAUUUAAAUAAAUCAAAGGUGGAAUUAUGGAAUUUAUUAAAAAUUCAAACUAUAACUAGAACGUUGACAUUAUUAUAUUCUAUUUCGGGUUUAUUAUUGGUGACAAGAUUACAAUUAAAUAUUCUUGCUCGGAGAUCAUACUUAGAAUCAGCUAUAAUUAUGGCUGGGGCUAAGCCUACUCAAACCAAUCCAGACAUCAAUCCACAUGAUAAUUACAUUGUUGAGCAAAGUUAUUUAUCAUUAAGUUGGUGGUUAUUAAAUAAGGGAUGGCUUAAUUUAAAUUCAUAUAUUGAACCAAUUGUGAUUGAGAAGUUUGCUCAAAUAAAUCCUAAGAAUGAAUUAACGAUUAAUCAAUUUGAUGGCAUUUUACAACAAUUAAUUAAACAAAUAAAUCACGAACAUAGAGAUAAUGUAUUAAGAAAUUUAUUUCCCAAUAAUUAUGAUGACUUGAUUGAAUCUAUCUUAAAUACUAAUCCAAGUCUUACCAAUCAAUUGGAUUUACCUGAUUCAAAUUUUACAAAAUUAAUUAGUGAAACGAGUCACAUAAUGAUAAAUGAUCCAUAUUUUUUUAGCUUAUAUUCCAACUUAGUCUCCAAUGGAUUAAGUACUUUAAUUGCUAAUUUAUCUUUAAAUUUAAAUCAUGGUGGAGGAUCUAGUAGUUUAUUAGUUUCAUCAGGAAAUAACUUAAAGGAAGGUGAACAAUUUUCAGAAGAAUUAUUGCUUAGUAGUAAUAGUAUUAAACCUUACAAAUUAGCUAGCUUUUUAGCUCAAUUAUCGAUUCAAAAUGGUAUAUUGAUUGAUAAUGAUAAUCUUAAAGAUGAAGAUGAAGAUAAUUCCAAUCAAUUUAAUGAUGAUGAUAUUGAAGGAUUUAUUAAUACAUUAGCAAAUAAUGAUGGAAUCUUUAAUUCACCAUUAAAUGAAAAUAAAGGUAAUAGUCAUUUAUCUGGGAAUGUUUAUCUUAACACUUUAAAUGAAACAGAGGAAUUAGACGAAUUCAGUGCUGGUAUUUAUUCCAACUUUGAAUAAAUUAGUUAUUCAUAGAGUUUAUAUAUAUAUAUAUUCAAUACAAAUACUAAUAAUACUCCGU